CAGCGGGAUCCUUAUUUCCUGCCAUCGCAUUAGACUGGCUGAGUUCUUGCUGGCCACCACCUAGUCAAUCGCUCUGCAGCAACGUCUACACACCAAUCAAGCUCGUGAACGCACACCGGGCGGCGCACGUUGACUCAAUCAGAUGUCCCGCUUUUCACGCGACAACGACAUCACUAUGGCGACCGAGCUACCAAGCAUUCUCACCGCCUUGGAGACCUUCGUGAAUGACUUCCUGAAGCAGCUGAGCGAAGAGCGAAUCUGUCGUGAUAGCUUACAGCAAGCACUCACCGGUGUCCAAUCUACCGUGCAGCAAGCUCUCGAUGUGCUCAAUGAUUUCCCUAUUCCUGCGCAGGAUAUUGAGAGCAGGUCCGAAGCUAUGGCAUUGCAGUUCCACGUUAUGACGACCUUGUGGAAAGCAGGUAUCACGCUCACGGAAGCGACCCUAGACCGAUUCCCGCAACGUGGACGCACAAUGUCAGAGCGCAUCGACUCUCGUGAGCACGCACACCCGCUGAGCCUGAGCGGUGGCCUUCUGCCUUGCCCUGCACAAAUCACGAACGAUGGAGUCCAUAACGGCGUGCCUGGCAACCCGUCUGCACCGACAACUCUCAGAGCGACAGCUUCUCGGGACGAGCACGCUUACCAGCAGCUCGAAGGAGCCACCGUAACCCCGGGCACCGGAGUAGACGCAACAGUCACCGAUAGUAUCGCACAGUCACCCACGCAAAGCCAGGGCUGGCAGGACAUACCAACUCCGACCCUCUUCAGAUUGCAGCAUCACACCGAGUCAGAUCUCCUCAUACUAGUCCCGCUGGCGACGGCGCAGCGCGUCGAAACCAGCACGGAUAACCUAUAGCUCGGGUGGGAAC